GUUCUAUCAUGCUGUGUCAGGCAACCCCACGUGCUUGCAGGUGCGAUGGGCGGGAAAUGCAUCCCUGAAAAGUCCCUUUUAGGUCUCUGUGUGGAUUGUCUAUAUAUUGACUAUUCUACCCGUUCACCCAUAAAUUUUGUAUCAUUGACAACUAGCUAUCAUUCAUUUGGAUUGCGUGAUCGUUGCUCAACCUUUACGCCAAAAUGAGGCUCCACGAGUACGAUUACAUAUUUGCCAUUGGCACACUGUUCGCUAUGCUUGAUGCAUACAACAACGGUGCAAACGAUGUGGCAAACUCCUGGGCAACGAGCGUCUCGUCGCGAUCAGUCACGUAUCGACAGGCUAUGGUACUUGGCACGGUAUUUGAAAUGCUCGGAGCCAUCACGGUGGGCGCUAGAACAGCCGACACCAUUAAGAACGGCAUCAUUCCUAACGCCGCAUUUCGAGGAAACGCGGGAGUUCAAAUGCUUGCAUUCACCUGCGCACUCGCUGCUGCCUCAUCGUGGGUCAUGUGGUGUACACGACACUCUGCUCAUGUCUCAUCAACAUACUCUCUGAUCUCAGCCGUUGCUGGUGUCGGUGUUGCGACUGUCGGAGCAUCUAAUGUUCAAUGGGGUUGGAAUGAUGGCAAAGGCCUGGGAGCUAUCUUCGCUGGCCUAGGACUUGCUCCCCUCAUCUCUGGUGGUUUUGCCGCCGUUAUUUUUAUGCUCAUCAAGCUUGUUGUGCACAUGCGCAAAAACCCCGUGCCUUGGGCUGUCUGGAGUUCUCCCUUUUUCUUUCUCGUUGCCGCUACUAUUUGCACAUUAUCCAUCGUAUAUAAGGGGUCUCCAAGCCUCAAUCUAGGCAAGAAGCCUGCAUGGUAUAUUGCUGCAGUUACAAUGGGAACGGGUGGAGGCGUCGCUGUCUUGUCGGCUUUGUUUUUUGUUCCGUUUCUUUACGCAAAAGUGAUUCAAAAGGAUCCCACUGUUAAGUGGUGGAUGAUUAUCCUUGGGCCUGCCUUAUUCAAGCGCCCUGCCCCUGUCGAUGCUUACCAAGCCAAAGUACCAAACUAUGCCGUCAUUCAAGACGGUGACGACCACUCAAUCACAGACUCGCCAGAGAUUAAUGCUCGAGAGGACGCUAAUAACCUAGGAAACGCUGGUCAAGAAUCUGAAAAGAAACUAGUUGUAGCUGAAGCUACACAGUCUACAUACAAAGAUCGUAUGGCUCAAGGCAAAGAGAAGCACCAUGCCAAGCUUGUUGAGGGUCGUGGGCCGCUUGGAUGGGCGAUGCGAACCCUUCGAGACAACCCUAUGGGUCCUGGACAAAUUUACGAGUUUCACAACUUGAAGAUAAUUUCAAAGCGUAUCCCAGCCAUGAUCGUAUGCGGCGCGCUCUAUGGUAUGCAUUAUGACAUACAUAGUGCACAAACUGGGAUUUCUGGUACCCCAGAUGGUCAGCGAAUGCAACGCGUAUAUGCACAUGCGGAGAAAUACCCGAAUGAGGUCGAAUACACCUACUCCUUCAUCCAAAUUAUAACGGCAUGCACUGCUUCCUUUGCGCACGGCGCGAAUGAUAUUGGAAAUUCAGUUGGACCCUGGGCAGUCAUAUAUACGGCAUGGAACACUGGCAGUGCUGCAGCUGCCAAAGCCCCCGUCCCUGUUUGGCAGCUUGCAGUUCUAUCUGGAUGCAUAUCUAUUGGUCUAAUUACCUACGGUUACAAUAUCAUGAAGGUAAUGGGCAAUAAGAUCACUUACCAUUCUCCAAGCAGAGGUUCUUCAAUGGAAAUGGGAGCAGCUAUUACUGUCCUAUUGUUUUCGCAAUAUUCACUUCCGGUGUCUACAUCCAUGUGCAUUACAGGCGCCACAGUCGGUGUUGGCCUCUGCAAUGGCACAGUCAAGGCCGUCAAUUGGCAGCGUGUUAGCCUUCUUCUUAUCGCAUGGAUUGCCACUAUCCCCAUUGCUGGUACAAUAGCUGGUGUUUUGAUGGGUUUGUUCAUCAAUGCCCCUCACUUCUCAACGUAAACGCCAUCUCUUCUCAUCAACCAUAUAUCAUUUUUAUCUCGUCUCAUUUCCGCCCUUGCAUAUAAUAGAAGGAGAUUAGGUAGCCUUCAUUCUAGUGAUAUGAGUCUGUUCUCUUUUUAGCGCUAGGCUCAUGUCAAUUGUAUCGGCGAAGAUCAGACACCUUACUGACCAUUGUAUAUCUUUAC